CUUGCUGAAUUAAAUCCAAACCAAACCCCCGCACUUCAAUUCAAUUCACUCCAUCAACCACACGUACCCACCCCCAGCAACAACAGCUCACCGUCACACCUCAAACCAACCCGAAGGUGUGUCCUCCUCCGGCCCUCCCCCGUUCCAAAUGGCGGCGGCGGCGGCAAAGCCCGUGCCAGUGGAGCGGCUCGGGCAGCGACUGGUGGCGCCGGCGGCUCCGACGCCGGAGAGCCCUCUGCGCCUGUCGUGGCUCGACCGCUACCCCACCCAGAUGGCACUCAUCGAGUCGCUGCACGUGUUCAAGCCCGACAUGGCCAGGGAGGGUGACAGCCCCGCGAGGGCCGUGGAGCAGGCCCUGGCGAGGGCGCUGGUGGAGUACUACCCGCUGGCAGGCCGCCUCACGGUGACCAACGCCGGCGAGCUGCAGGUGGACUGCAGCGACGGAGGCGUGUGGUUCAUUGAGGCUGCCGUCAGGUGUCGGCUAGAGGACGUGGACUAUCUCGAGUACCCGCUCGCCGUGGACAAGGACGAGCUGCUCCCCCACCCGCGCCCCAAGCCCAGCCGUGAGGAGGAGAGCAAGCUCAUCUUGCUUGUCCAGGUCACGACGUUCGAUUGCGGCGGCUUCGUGGUGGGGUUCCGGUUCAGCCACACGGUGGCCGACGGGCCCGGGGCGGCGCAGUUCAUGGGCGCGGUGGGGGAGCUGGCGCGCGGGGCGGGCCGCAUCUCGGUGGCACCGGUGUGGGGCCGCGACGCGAUCCCUGACCCGGCCGGCGCCCUCGUCGGCAGCCUCCCGGACCCCGCGGGCGCCAAGCGGCUGGAAUACCUCGCCAUAGACAUCUCCGCCGACUACAUCAACCACUUCAAGGGCCAGUUCGCGGCGGCCACCGGUGGCGCCCGGUGCUCAGCGUUCGAGGUGCUCAUCGCCAAGGCCUGGCAGAGCCGCACGCGCGCCGUUUGCUUCGACGAGGGUUCCCCCGUGCACCUCUGCUUCGCGAUGAACGCGCGGCCGCUCCUCCACGCCCGCCUUCCCUCCGGGGGCGCCGGCUUCUACGGCAACUGCUACUACAUCAUGCGCGUCUCCUCCACCGCCGGGAAGGUGGCGUCCUCCACCAUCACCGACGUCGUGAAGAUCAUCAAGGAGGGGAAGAAGCGGCUGCCCUCGGAGUUCGCGCGGUGGGGCGCCGGCGAGAUGGCGAGCGUCGACCCGUACCAGAUCACCUCCGACUACCGGACGCUGCUCGUCUCCGACUGGACGCGGCUGGGCUUCGCCGAGGUGGACUACGGGUGGGGCCCGCCCGCCCACGUCGUGCCGCUGACAAACCUGGACUACAUCGCCACGUGCAUCCUCGUCAAGCCCUGGGUACACAAGCCAGGCGCCCGGCUCAUCACGCAGUGCGUGACGCCGGACCGUGUCGCCGCUUUCCACGACGCCUUGGUGGACACCAACUAGCUCACCACUGUCUCCCCACACUUCGUUCACGGGUUCCCUCCUUUUUUACACCAUCUCGUUAGUGUUUAAUUACAGCUUGGUGAGCGAAAGUAAUGGUAAACCGAGCAAGAAUAAUGGCGAACAGAUACUGUAGUAGUGAAGAAACGUAUAAAGUGGAAGAAGAAUACGCGCAGAUAUGGGGGACAGGUAGACACAGCUAGUAGAUGGUAGUGGGCAACGGCGAGAUUGGUAUAUGAUGCCUUUGGGUGGUCUCGGUGGCGUUGCAGGAAGUGUAUACUAGUACAUCCUUUUCUUCUUCUUUCUUUUUCUUCCUUCUCUUUUUGGGGGGUUUUGAUUGAAGGAUCGAAGCUGGGCUUGGUGGGAAGCUACCAACUAGUCUCCCCUCGACUUGUGUGCUGUACUCUUCAUUUUAUUCCUUUCGAAUAUAAACCCGCAAGGUGUACAGACUAUUCUCUAGUGGUUUUUGUCCAUGUAAAUUAGCUAAUUCUACAUAAUUAUAUAAUGGUAUAAUGUGAAAAA